UCGCUUUUCUCAAAAGUAGUGGAGUACCCUACCGUGUUUCAUUAGUCUUGCCGGCUUCAUAGACAAAGGAUUCUUUUUUCCCGUGCUUGCCACAGCCAUCGCCAUCUGCAAGCCCAAAUCAACACACACCACACAGAGAGAGAGAGCAACAAUGGCGGAAGUUCUGGUGAGCGCAUCCACAGGGGCAAUGGGUUCCCUCCUCCGGAAGUUGGGAGCUAUGUUGACAGAUGAAUACAAGCUGCUCAAGAACGUCCGUGGGGACAUCAAGUUCCUCAAGGACGAGCUGGAGGUCAUGUGCGCAUUCCUCCUCAAGAUGUCAGAUGUGGAGGAGCCUGAUGAACCAACAAAGCUGCGUGUGAGGGCGGUGCGGGAGAUGUCCUAUAAGAUAGAGGACAACAUCGACAAGUCCAUGGUCCUCGUGGAACACGAGUCCUCCUGUUCCGAGGCUCAUGGCGUCACCAAGCUCAUGGACAAGUGCAAGAACUUGCUGCCGGACAUCAAGACCCGCCGCAGGAUCGCCAAGGAGGUCAAAGACAUCAAGAAAGAAAUUAAGGAUGUCAGCGACAGGUUUUCAAGGUACAAGAUUGACGACUCCUCCUCCUCUAUGCCGGCAAAAGACAAGGUCGACCCUCGACUUCGUGCAGUCUACAAAGAGGCCACAGAGCUCGUCGGAAUUGAUGGACCAAAAGAUGAACUUGUCAAGUGGCUGAAUGAGAAAGAGGGCCAAUCACUUAAAUCUGUCUCUGUUGUUGGAUAUGGAGGGUUGGGCAAGACCACACUCGCCAACCAGAUCCGGGUCAACCUUGGAGCGACCUUCGACUGCGGGGCUUUUGUCUCGAUUUCACGCAAGCCUGACAUGAAGGCGAUAUUAAGAUCUAUAUUAUCACAAAUCACCAAGAAAGACGAUGCUUGCUCUAGAUUAGAUGAUAUACAACUCAUCAUCGACAAGAUUCGAGAAUUCCUCCAAGACACAAGGUACUUCAUCAUAAUUGAUGAUAUAUGGGAGUUAGGAACAUGGGAAACUUUGAAAUGUGCAUUUGUCAAGAAUACAUUGGGCAGCAGAAUAAUUAUCACAACACGUAUAGUUGAUGUUGCCAAAUCUUGCUCUCCUUCUAGUGAAGAUCUUGUCUAUGAGAUGAAACCACUCAGUGAGGCUGACUCAAAGAAAUUGUUUUUCAAGAGGAUAUUUGGCUGUGAAGAAAGCUGUCCUGAUAGCUUGAAAGAAGCUGCCAAUGAUAUUUUGAAAAAAUGCCGUGGUCUACCUCUGGCCAUCAAUGCCAUUUCUAGCUUGUUGGCCACAACAAGGGAAACAAAAGAAGAGUGGGACCGGGUGCGACAUUCAAUACGCUCUUCAAAGGUCAAAAGUGAUAUAAUAGAGACCAUGAAUUACAUAUUAUCCCUUAGUUAUUUUGAUCUUCCCCACCACCUAAGAAGCUGCUUAUUGUACUUGGCUCUGUUUCCUGAAGACAGAUUGAUUGAAAGGCAGCGGUUGGUACGCAGAUGGAUUUCUGAAGGCUUUAUCCAUGGAGAAAGUGGACAAGAUCUUAUGGAAUUAGGAGAGGAAUAUUUUCACCAGCUUGUAAACAGAAGUCUAAUACAGCCCGACUACAUAGGGUAUGACGGCAAGGCAAAGUAUUGCCGAGUCCAUGACACCAUCCUUGAUUUCCUAAUUGAGAAAUCCUCUGAAGAGAACAUGUGUACUGUCCUAAAGAAACAAUGCAAGCCUAAUGGCAUAGUUCGUCGGCUCUCUCUAAUGGGGAAUGAGGAUGAAGAAAUCGUGGAGCAAUUGGAUCUGUCACACGCUCGGUCAAUCAGUGCUUUUGGGGAUAUCAAGCUAUUGCCUUCGCUUGGGAGGUCAAAAUGCUUGCGCGUGCUAGACUUGCAACACUGCGGCCAGUUGAAAAAUCAUCAUAUCAAGGACAUUGAAAGACUCUAUCAGCUGAGAUACUUGGAUAUCUCUUUUACAGGAAUCACGGAGCUUCCCAGGCAAAUUGGGGAGUUGCUGUAUCUAGAGACGCUAGUUAGUACAUCCUCUGGAUUACGUGAGCUUCCUGAAAGCACAACUCGGCUACAACGACUGGCACGUUUGUUUGUUUACCACGGUUGUAAGCUUCCAGAUGGGUUGGGAAACUUGAUAAACUUGCAAGAGCUUGAUUGCGUUGAUGCCUUGCAGUUGAAGCAUGUGGAAGAGCUCGGCAAACUAACAAAUCUGAGAAAGCUGAGGAUUAAAUUGGACACUGAUGGGAUUGAAGGCAACAAAUUAGAAGAGUCCAAGGAAAAGCUGGUGUCCUCUCUCUGUAAACUGGACGAAUGCGGCCUCCGUUCCCUGAGUAUUUAUUAUUAUCUGAGAGAAAAGGAUGGAGAAGAGCCGUUCCUCCCUGCUUUAGGUUGUAUCGAGGAGGUUUUUGUAUAUGGACAAGAUAUCAGCCGGAUUAGCAGAUGGCUCGCGUCACUUCCCAACCUACACAGGUUGUUUUUCGAUGAUCCGAAAAUGGAGCAGCAGGAUAUUGAGAUGAUUGGAUUGAUACCCAAUCUGAUCGAUUUGACACUGUCUUUAAGCGAAACAGACGAUGCUGGGCGGCUCAUCAUCAGGCGUGAAGGAUUUCAACAGUUGCAGAGUUUUUGGGUUUACGAUACUCGUAUGGGAGUUUUAAUGUUUGAACCGGGGGCUAUGCCGAGGCUCAAGGAGCUUAUACUCUACCACUUCAUCGGAAAGCCCAAAUCUGCUGCGGUCGAUUUCGACUUUGGCAUCCAACGCCUCUCCAGCCUUGCUCGCCUCACUGUCGGCUUAUACUGCGUUGGCUCGACGGCGGCAGAAGUAGAGGCUGCGGAGGAUGCUUUCAAGAGCAUGGCCGAGGCGAACCCCAACCGUCCAAUACUGGAGAUGACAAGAUAUUAAUACGCAGCAUAUGUUACGAGACGAGCAAAUAGAUAUGGCAGGCUCAGCUACAACGCCGGCCGUCAAGUCCUAGAUGCCUAAACCGAGAUGCGCCUUUGGUUAUGGAGCCCAAGUCACGUACUCUGAUUGGAUGCUGCAACAAAUGAAGCUCCACAUUUCUAUUCGGGCUACCUCUUUGUCGCAAAGCUGGUGUACUCUUGUGAUUUGUGUUGCGCAACUGAUUCUUCUGUACAUGUCUGGAAGUAUCACGAAUUAGUGGAAUGAUUAGGAAUAAGUAAGACAAGUAUCACGAAUUCAGAGUCAGAUGCAAUUUUUUUCUUUUCUUUUGGGCAUAAGUAGAUUGUCAUUUGAGUAUUUUUUCCAUUAAUAUUUGUGUAUUCUUAGAUUGAGACUUUGAUAUGUAACCCAGAUUUCUGUUGUUAGGAAAGACAUACCGUGUAGCUUAUCAGAAGAAAAGAUCUGGCGUGCAUCUAUAUUCUAUAA